AUGGCGGUCAAUUAUGUUUCAAAAUGGGUUGAAGUCACUGCCUCCCCAACCAAUGAUCAUAAGGUGGUAUUGAAACUGUUCAAGAAGAUCAUAUUUCCGAGUGGACAAGUUGAUGUGUCUAAUCGUCAAAUCAAGUUGAACUUUGAGAAGACGAUUGCUAGAAAUAGGAAAAUUGGUAGGAACAGCUUGAUGAUGCCCUUUGGGCCGAUAAAAUGGCCUUUAAAAAACCCUACUAGCACAACACAUUACCGCCUUGUCUAUGUUAAAUCUUGUCACCUUCCGGUGGAGCUUGAACACCAUGCUCAAUGGGCCAUUAAGAAGAUCAACUUUGAUUUGGCUAGUGCGGGUGAACAACGAUGGGUUGAUCUUCAUGAACUUGAGGAGCUUAGGUUUGAUGCUUAUGAUUGUGCUAGCAUCUACAAGGCUCGUUCAAAGGAAAUAAAUGACAAGCUCAUUAAGAAGAAGGAGUUCAAUGAUGGUGACAAGGUCCUCCUCUACAAUUCUAAGAUAAAAUUGUUUCCCGGGAAACUCAUGUCCCGUAGGAGUAGUUCGUUCUUAGUCCAAGGUGUUUUUCCUCAUGGAGUGGUUAAAAUAUCUCCUUUGGAUUCCUCAUCCUCAUUCAAGGUUAAUGGCCAUAGACUUAAACGCUAUUACGAUGGUGUUUUCGUUGGCCUUGUUCAUAAGAUGUUUCUCUACAAACCACCUUGA